AGAAACAAGGCAGCCGCUGUGACACUGACAUUUGAUCUCGGCUUGAUACAUUGUCGCAACCCCGUAAAAACGCCUCCCCGACGCUGCGACUUCCCGCUGCUGCUGCUGCUGAUUUUCCAUUCACAUUCUCCCCAUGGAAACGACGUGUGUGCUGCUGCCUGGGCUCACUGGGGACUGAUGUGUCUGUGUUUGUGAGACAAGCUCCCUCCAGUGCGGGCUGAACUAUUACAUAAUAGGGGGGCUCCAUCUCCCCCCUCCAACCCCCAGCGUCCUGCCUGCAGCACUCUCUAUGAAUGAGGAGGUCUGGGAAGCGCACGAGGAAUCUGCUCACAUUUUUGGACUUGUUUUUUUCCUCUCCCUUCCCCUUUAAAUCGCCCAGAUCAGCCCGUGCGUGUGACGCUGCCACCAGCCCAUAGUAGAGAUCUGCCUGGACUCCCCCAGCUCCUCCUCCUCUUCCAGCCAGACCCAGGCACUGCAAGGCACCUCUGAGACUCUACCAAGGGAGAAAAGGGGGAGACUCUGCCAAACAAGGGGAGACAGAACCAAGGAAACGAGGAGACUGCCGAGCAGGGGAGUGGCAAGGACAAGUAAGGGGGUGACAGCAGGGGGAACACAGGGAGAUUAGACUAAAGGAGGUGUCACACACAUUCAAGGGGCAGGGGGAGCCACUGUCAAGGCUGAAGGGAGAAGCACAGCCAAGAGACAGUAGGAGACUUUAGAGGAGAGACAGCUGAGGCUUUUCCCAUCCACAAGGAACAGGCUCCAAACAAGGGGAAGACAUGGAGGUCCCACGCCUGAGUCAGCACAUCAGCACCCCGAAUAGCCCCUGCGAGGACAUGAUCAAGAACCUCAGCCUGGAGAAUAUUCAGCUGUGUGAGAGGGACGGAAAUAAAUCACAGGACAGCGGCAUUGCAGAAAUGGAGGAGCUUCCCGUCCCUCACAACAUCAAAAUCAGCAACAUCACAUGCGACUCCUUCAAGAUCUCUUGGGAUAUGGAUCCUAAAUCCAAGGACCGCAUCACGCACUACUUCAUUGAUCUGAACAAAAAAGAGAACAAGAAUUCCAACAAGUUUAAACACAAGGAUGUUCCUACCAAGCUGGUGGCCAAAGCCGUCCCACUCCCCAUGACAGUUCGUGGUCACUGGUUUCUGAGCCCAAGAACCGAGUAUACGGUCGCUGUCCAGACGGCCUCAAAGCAAGUUGAUGGGGAUUAUGUUGUGUCUGAAUGGAGUGAAAUCAUUGAGUUCUGUACUGCAGAUUACUCCAAAGUGCACCUCACGCAGCUGAUGGAAAAGGCUGAGGCCAUUGCGGGUCGUAUGCUGAAAUUUUCCGUUUUUUAUCGGAACCAACACAAAGAGUACUUCGACUAUAUCCGCGAGCAUCAUGAGAGCGUCAUGCAGCCUUCUCCUAAGGACAACAGUGGAAGCCACGGCUCUCCAAUCAGUGCCAAACUGGAAGGAAUCUUAUUCAGCUGCAACACAGAGUUCAAUACAGGGAAGCCCCCGCAAGACUCCCCGUACGGACGCUACCGAGUGGAGAUCCCUGCUGAAAAACUCUUCAACCCAAACACCAACUUGUACUUUGGGGACUUCUACUGCAUGUACACAGCCUACCACUACGUGAUCCUCGUCUUAGCCCCCAUGGGCUCCCCAGGCGAUGAGUUCUGCAAGCAGCGUCUGCCUCAGCUGAGUCUAAGCGACAACAAAUUCCUGACCUGCACUCAAGAACACGACGGCCUCGUAUUCCACCAGGCCCAGGAUGUUAUCUUGGAGGUUAUUUACACUGACCCUGUGGAUCUUUCAUGGGGCAACGUGGCGGAAAUCAUCGGUCACCAGCUCAUGAGCUUGUCAACUGCCGACGCAAAGAAAGACCCAAGCUGCAAGACCUGCAACAUUAGCGUCGGACGUUAAAAUCCCCCACCCCCCGUCCGCCAACAAAGCAGUUAAUCUGAACCCGUCCAUCCUUACCAGACAUGAUGUCCGGAAGCAUGCAAAAAUGCAGCUUUGACCAAAAGUGUACACCGAAUCUAGAACACGAUCCCCUUCGCUGCCUGAUGAAGCCUGCGACGCGCUUUUCUUUUUAGGCACCGCCCUGUAGCUCCUCUCGCAGCAAAGGAUUUAAAUAGCUUUUUUUAAAACUUACAUUUUUUAAUUACUCGUGAAGUUGCUGCUGCUCUUAACCAUGAUUCUCUGCCAACUGUCGGCUUGGGUGGCCCUCUCUGUCAUCCGAAGGGGGGGAAAGGGGUGGUGGUGGGUGGAUGUCGCUAUAUUUUUGUUGCAGUUUUAAAUUCUUCCUUUGCCAAAAUGUAAUGAAACUCUGCUUUAGCAAGGUCAGACAGACCAACGAUGGCUUUAUCGGGGUGUCUAAAUAGCAAAUAUUUUAAUCUACUAAAAGAAUCAAACUAUUGGGAUAAGUCUAAACAGCAUGAGAAAUUGUAACUGCCGCAUGACUGAGCUCUUAAACCCUAGAUAAUCCGUCAGCAUUCCACCUAGGAGUGUUUUAAAUGUUCAACGAUAUUAGCUACCGAGAAACAGAAAAAAAAACCCGCUCUCUCCCCAACAUCAUCGAUUAACGAUAGAAAAAUAUUUUAUUUGUACACGUUGUAUAAAAUAUUUACAAUCAUAUAGAAUCUAUAGAGCGCAUUUUAUUAGCAACCGUAUACAUGUCACCCGCCAUUCCUCCCUUUAUCGAAGGUGUCGACUGUAAACUUCAUAUAUAGAGUUGUGUAUACGUUCCUGUUGCUUCGAGGACUUUGAUUAAAAAAAUAAUAUUAAUAAUGUGGUUUCUGGGUUCGUACCGUAUGUUGAAAAGUCGACUCCAUAUAUUAACGGGGAAACGUCACGAAAAGUCAUAGGAUUCCACUUGCAAACGGUCUGUUUUUUUUUCUUCUUCCUUUCGAUCAAUAAAAGUUUGAAAACUUC